UUUAUUAAUCAAUGAAGAACAAUUUUUCCCCCCAAAAACGUGUAUUUCCCGUACGAGAAGCUUAUUCCUCGGAAAGCUGGGUUUGCCAAAUUUAAUUACUAUACUAAAUUAGUUUUUGUUAAUUACCUUUUACUUUCCCAACACCACACCUUCAAGAGCCAUGGACCGUUGCUUUUCCCUUGCCGCCGAUUGAAGUUUUCUGGGCCGAUUAAUUUCUAACGAUGAAUUGUGGCAUUAAUCCUAUGAUUCAAGUUGUUUGUCCCAAACCUCGUCGAGUACGGCAUCCAAAUUGUCAUUCCAAAUUGAGGAUUAACAGUAAUCAAGCUGAAACCUUGGAUUCAAAAGCUGGAAUAGAACUUUUUGAUAUCAUCCUAAAAGAGGAUGGCGUAGCUGCAAUGCGAUCAGCAUCGCUCUUGUCAUCGUCCCCUCCAUUCUUCACGGGGUCACCCCCUAGCCGAGCGAUGAAUCCAAUAAUUCAUGAUGUGUACUUUGCAAAAUAUGGAAAGCAAUUAACAUGUACUUUAUCAUCAUUACCAAGUCCAUCUACUUCAGCUUCACCUUCUCCAUCAUCGAGUUGUAAAGGAAUGUCCUGCGCAAGGACAAGACUUAAGGCUACUCAAGCAACAAAUACAGUUGAAGGCUUUGAUUGCCAAAACUCUCGCUUGACUGCUAUGGUUUGAACCUUCCUUUAUGAGGAAUUUUAACGGCUGAAUAUGAAAUUUUUACUAUAACAACCUAUCCAAAAGAAAAAGAUAAAAAAGAAAAUUUUGACUAGAAAAAAGAAGACAGAAAUUUUGGACUGUAAUUAGCAAUAGAGGCAAGUUUGAAUUUUUCUUGUAUAUUAUGCAAGGAUGUCUCUUUCUAGCAAUUUUGAUGUAAGGUGGUAGGUGAUAAAUUUUGUUCGUUGACUGUAUAUAUGUAAGUGUCCAGGAGUAAUUUUCUUGAAAAUAUGUAAUAUUGUAUAUAUGGUGGAUCUGUAUGUUUAUAUUGUGAGGAGAUAUAUUCCGUUUGGUGGUCCUUUAUAUAUGGUAUCUUAGUUA